UGUAGGGAAUAGCAGAUGAUAGAACUUCUUGUUAUACCUAUCACUUAUUCCUGAGAGACCAGCACCCAGGUCCAGACACAGCCAUGGUGAUAUAAGCCACAUGACUGAGGGGACAGUGCUGAACCCUCUGGCAGACAGAAAGCAGGCAACAAAGAAGUCCAUGAUCUGGAACAGGGAUUUCCAGACCUGAGUGAUGGCCAUUGAGAACUGCACCGUGUUUACAGACUUCAUACUCUUAGGACUCUCUGGCAGGCGGGAUGUGCAGCAGGGGCUCUUUGUGCUCUUCCUGCUGGUUUAUGGCAUCACUGUGAUUGCAAACCUGGGGAUGAUCCUGCUGAUCAGCAUGGACCCCCGACUCCACACACCCAUGUAUUAUUUCCUGAGCAAUUUGUCUUUCUGUGAUGUCUGCUACUCCUCCACUAUCUCCCCCAAGAUGCUGGUUGAUUUCUUAUGUGAGCAAAAGAGGAUCCCAUAUAAUUUAUGUGUGGUGCAGAUGUUCUUUUUUGGUGCCUUUGCAGCCGUGGAAUGUGUCAUGCUGUCUGUCAUGGCAUAUGACCGUUAUGUAGCCAUUUGUAAUCCACUUCUGUAUACAGUUACCAUGUCCAGGAGAAUGUGCAUCCGGCUGGUGGCCACUGCCUACACCGCAGGUUUUAUAGAUAUGGCAAUCUUCACGUCUUGCACUUUCCCGUUAUCAUUCUGCAAUUCCAAUAUCAUCAAUCACUUUUUCUGUGACAUCCCACCCUUACUUGCCCUUUCUGCCUCAGACACAACCACCAGUGAAAUAGCAUUGACUGUUUCCUGUAGCUGUGUUGUGGGGUCCAGUGUCAUCACUGUCCUCCUUUCCUACAGCUACAUCAUAACUACCAUCCUUCGCAUGACGUCAGCUGAAGGCAGACACAAAGCCUUCUCUACCUGUGCCUCCCACUUAACCGCUGUGGCUAUAUUUUAUGGGACACUCCUCUUCAUGUAUUUCCGACCCAACUCGAGUUAUUCCAUGGACACGGACAAAAUGGCCUCUGUUUUCUACACAGUUAUUAUCCCUAUGUUAAACCCACUGAUCUACAGUUUGAGGAAUAAGGAUGUGAAAGGUGCCCUGAAAAAGAAGUCGUUGUCACUAAAUUAAGUUCUGAGUGAAAACAUGUUCACCAAAAAAUAUUUAUUUAGAAUCAUUGAGAAUUAAAAUUUAAGGACUUUGACACAUUUUUCUGUAGUUUCACAAAUAAAAUUCUAAAUAUUUCUUUAUUCACAUUUGUGCCUAAAUUGAAUGCAGAGAAUAGUCAUCAUGAAUCUUGAUCUCUUCAAACUAAAGACAGGUAACAAGUUUACUCUUAGUUUUGUGAAGAGGGUUUUUAUGUACUACUCUGCUCUACUCAUGGGUAUAUAUCCCACAGAGGUAUGGGCAUAGUACCAUCCCCCUCCAUGUUUAAAGCUCUAUUUGUUAAACAACGGUUUUAAUGAAAUUCUCUUUCCCUAACUCAAAGGUCCUUAAAUGUAAGGUCCUUGUUUUUCUUGAUCAUUAUUUCUAGUUUGUUAUUUACAAUGCUCAUUUUCAGGAUGUCAUUCAAAAACAUUUAUGGAAUGAAUGAAGGUAUGUCUUCUAUAAGACUGGUAUAAAAAAAUACCCUUUGUCAGUGAAAAAGGAAAAAAAUCUUCCUUUGUGUUAUUUUAUUCUAGCACAUUCAUUUUACACAUAUUCCACCUGUAUUUCUUCUUUGCCCAAGACUGAGUAUCAGGGACACAGAUCAUGUAAUGUAGACAACUUCUCAGAUCCUCUAUUUCUGAUCACUCUACCCCAGGGGUCAGCAGGAUCAGCAGCUCUAGAUUCACGUGGCACAUCAUAGCCUUCACAUCAGAUUGUGAAUUUCCCCUCUUGCCCUCACUCUUGGGAUCAGAUACAUGCUCUUGACAACUGAACAGAAACUGCAUGAAUGGCAUUGGGGUUAUAGGACUUUGACCUCCUCUACUAGCCACUAGAAAAGAGGACUUUACCUUUACAUGAUCAUAGCAUUAUACUAAUUAUUUUUUUUAAUAAAAUGUCCAGUUGAUACAGAUUAGGUGGAAAUAGAGUUACUAUACCAUGUGAUCUCACCUAUAAGUGGAAAUAAAUCAGCAAAAUAAACAGUGAGCAAAAUAGAGCCAGAGGCAUGGAAAUAAAGAACAAACUGAC